AUGGAAACAACUUUCAUUCACUUCACUUAUUCAGAUGUGAUAUUACUACAAUUUUAUGCAUAUUUAUUUCUACUCUCAGCCAAUGCAUCAACCAAUUUGUCAACUGAUGCAGAAGCUCUUCUUGCCUUCAAAUCAAGAAUCACUUCAGACCCUCUUGACAAAAUCACAAGAAAUUGGUCCGCCUCCGCCUCCGCCUCCGCCUCCGCCUCUGCCUCUGUCUGCAGCUGGUAUGGCGUUUCCUGCGGCGCCAGAAGGCGAGUCACGGCCUUAAGUCUCUACAAUGCGAGCCUAGGAGGCACCGUGGCUCCACAUCUUGGGAACCUUUCUUUCCUGAGAUCCUUGGACCUCGGCCUCAACAGAUUCACGGGCCACCUGCCCCGUGAACUGUCUAACCUAGGUCUCCUACAAAACAUAUACCUCGACUUCAACAACUUCACCGGAGAUUUACCUCCAUGGCUUGGCGCGUUGACGCAACUAAAAGAAGCCACCCUGCAGAACAACAGUCUUGGCGGUGUCAUUCCAAAUCUGCUCAACCUUUCGAACCUCGAGAAACUUGAUGCUUCUUACAACGCGAUCACCGGCAAUAUUCCAAAAGAGAUCGGUAACCUUUCCCGCUUCAAAUCGUUGGACUUGAAGUAUAACCAGCUGACGGGAUCAAUACCGUCCACCAUUUUCAACAUGUCAUCUUUGGAAAUGCUUGACCUUUCAGCAAACAACCUGUCGGGGAAGAUUGUGAUACAUGAUCUUCCCCGACUGGAAGGCCUUUUUCUCUCUCUUAAUCAACUUUUUGGUUUGAUCCCGUCGAGACUCUUCAAGUGCACAUCGCUGCAGCGCUUAUCCCUUUCGCGUAACCAAUUCAAUGGAAGCAUACCGGCGGGGAUUGCUAGUUUGACCCUUCUGAAGAACUUGUAUCUUGGGACAAAUAACUUGCAAGGAGGUAUACCACCAGAGAUAGGCAAUCUAUCAAGAUUGGAAAUAUUGAGCAUGGCACAAAGCUCACUCAUUGGGGAGAUUCCUUCAUUCAUCUUCAACAUGUCUUCUCUCAAAGAGAUAGACCUUGGUUACAAUAGCCUCUCAGGAAGAGUUCCACCAACGCUUAAUCUUCCUAAUCUUGAGGUGAUUUUUCUUAAUAGUAACAAUCUCACCGGUGAAAGCUUGUUCGGCCUACUUGACUGCCGUAAGGUUCGGCUUCUCCAGCUCUCGGAAAACCUACUCACAGGCCCCAUGCCUAAAAGAGUUGGAAACAUGAGCCAGCUCAGGUUUCUCUUUCUAAAUGAGAACAAGUUGACUGGUAUGUUGUCCUAA